UUCAGUGUCAACAGUAGACUGGUUCAGCAGCAGCAGCUGGUGCAGAGCUCCACAUAGACACAUAUACGAGCUCCAACCCUCCUGUGGAAAUGAACGCCGAUCCAGUGGUCAUCGUUUCUGCCGCACGGACUCCUAUUGGGACCUUGAACGGUGCUCUGUCCACGGUAGCUCUGAGUGAUCUGUGCUCGGCAGUGAUCAAGGAUGUUCUGAAGCGGGCUGGUGUAAAGCCAGAAGAGGUUUCUGAGGUGAUCAUGGGACAUGUCCUAACAGCAGGGCAAGGACAAAACCCAGCCCGACAGGCCAGUGUCGGGGCAGGUAUCCCCUUCCCCGUGCCUGCGUGGAGCUGCCAGAUGGUGUGCGGCUCUGGCCUGAAAGCUGUGUCUCUAGGAGCUCAGUCCAUCCAGACCGGAGAGUCCACUGUGGUUGUGGCAGGGGGCAUGGAGAGUAUGAGUAGGGCUCCUCACAUUGUGCAAAUGAGAGCAGGAGUGAAAAUGGGCGACGCCUCCUUGCAGGACUCCAUGGUGGCUGACGGCCUAACGGAUGCCUUCCAUAGCUACCACAUGGGAAUCACAGCUGAGAACGUGGCAAAGCAGUGGGGCAUCAGUCGAGCGCAGCAGGACCAGUUCGCUGUCCAGUCUCAGAACAGAACAGAGGCCGCACAGAAAGCAGGACAUUUCAAUGAAGAGAUUGUCCCCAUCAUGGUGCCAUCCAGAAAAGGGCCAGUAGAAGUGAAGGUGGAUGAGUUUCCUCGACAUGGGAGCAGCAUGGAGACCAUGUCCAAACUCAAACCGUGCUUCAUCAAGGAUGGCAGUGGGACAGUCACCGCUGGAAAUGCUUCAGGCAUAAAUGAUGGAGCAGCAGCUACGGUCUUAAUGAGCCAAUCAGAAGCUACGAAGCGAGGUUUAAAACCCAUGGCCAAGCUCGUGUCAUGGGCUCAAGCCGGCCUGGAUCCUUCUAUCAUGGGAACUGGGCCAAUACCAGCCAUUAGGAAAGCGGUUGAAAAAGCAGGCUGGCAGCUGAACCAGGUGGAUUUAUUUGAGAUCAAUGAAGCAUUUGCUGCACAAUCAGUAGCUGUAGUGAAAGAGCUUGGCUUGUGUGAAGACAAGGUAAAUGUGAGCGGUGGUGCCAUUUCUUUAGGGCAUCCCAUCGGCAUGUCUGGCUGCAGAGUGCUGGUGACCCUGCUGCACGCUCUGCAGAGGACCGGAGGGAAGAAGGGAGUGGCAUCCCUCUGUAUCGGAGGAGGGAUGGGUGUCGCCAUGUGUGUGGAGAGGGUUUGAGAUGAAUACCCAAUGCUGUCCAAUAAUUUGCACUUAAUCUCCUGGUUGGAAAUGAAAAAGGGAUAUGAAUGUUGUUUACAUUGAAUAGUCAUAUGUGAAGAUGCAGUUUAUCCAGCUUCUUCCAGUUUCUGUACUUUAAGCCUAAAGUGGUUGCGUUGUGAUCUUUAUCCAGCAGCUUAGCAUCCUCGGUGUGAACUUUAAUUCCUCAGGUUUAGCUGGAGAAUGCAUGAAAGCUCAGUCCAAAUGUAUCAACAGCUGACGCCUAAAUUAAAAUUCUAAAGCGGUACGAUACUGCAAACUAUUUUUUGUUUUAAACCAGCUGCUUUUCACUUAAACUUAAAGGCAAACACUAAAGCUGAAGAAACUAGUGGAUGUGCUCACAGGUUUCCAAGGAAAUGCUUUUAGACCCUUUUUCAGCCUACGUCACAAUGUUGCACGCACCUUGUCAACAUAAGUGUUGUUCUCCAGCAGUUGACUGAAAGACGAGGUAGCAGCUGGUUAGCAGGGAUUUACAAACUAUUCCCAGCAUCAACAUGUCUGGUUGUUGCAUAUAUAGUUGUACGAAUCGCUAUGCCACCAUUUUAAAGGAUUUUGACAGGAUCACAACCAUUUCAAAGCAACCGGUGGCAUCUGUGGCUGCAGGCAAUUAAACGUACAUCAUUUUAACUUGUAACUUUACUAAUAUUGUAAGCAUUCGAUAAACUUGUACUGAUUUAACAUUCCAGUGACAUCAUGGAAUAAAUUCUUAAAGAAGAUUGAGACAGACUUGAGUCACAUCCAAGUGCCAUAAGUGUGUGCCAACUAACCUUGUGCUUCCUGUAACCCAAUGAUUUGAAAUGUUAUUAAAAGACAAAA